CACAUCCCUCACGACGCGCACGAUGCAUCACGCACCCAGUUAUUAGUUGACGCUUCGCAUCUCCACACGAUAACCACCCGCAACAGCGAACACAACCAUGGCCCCGCUAGACCCGGACGUGACAGGCCACUCCAACGCGCUCCCCCUCGCCGUCUUCUCGAGCCAAAUCCUCGCCGUCGCAGGCCUCUCCACACACAUCCUCCUCAGCAUCUACCGCACCGCAAAAUUCCUACCUCCCUCGGCGGCGACGCGCGCCCAACAAUCCACGCGCCGCCGCCACGCCGCCCUCUUCUUCUCCCUCGGCGCCGUCGCCCUCGCAUCCGUGACCACCUUCGCCAUCGCGUGGCGCAUCCUGUCGUACUUUGAAUGGGCGGACCACAAGGGCGACGCGCGCGAGGUACCCGGGAGUCUAUGGACGGGGUGGUACGGGACUGGGGAGAAAGGGGUGGGCAGGUGGAGGUUGGGCGACUGGUGGAGCGACGUGGAUGAUAUCUCCAAGGCGGAUGCCGUCGUGUUGGCGGCGCCCGAGAGCUUCUUCUACUUGUAUGAGCAUUUCACGGGGGUGACGGCGGCGGCAAUCUUCUUUGGGGUCGAGGGACGCAGGCGCAAUCUGCCCAUCUCGACCAUCGCUUCGUUUGUUCUCCUCAGCGCCAUGGGCUCGCUCGGCUGGGCGCUGAAUCUCUUCUUCGUCCUGCUGCUGUAUACGCCCAUGGCGGUCCAUGACGACGGCAGCGUCCGACACGACACGCACUUCGCGCCGCAUCCCGCCGUGCUCUACGUCCCCGUCAUAGGCGCCAUCGCCUUGGAGCAAUCUCUACCCAUGCUCCUGGCACGAAGGACCGACCUCACGCUUUUCCGCAUCGCCUACGUCACCGUUCCGCUGUUUCUGGCGUUCGCGCCCGAGAUCAUACCACUAAACUGGGGCCGCCUCCACGCCACCAAAGCCGCCGCCCACCACUCGUACGCGCCGGCCUUCCACACCCUCGGCCUCUCCAGCCUCGUCCUGCACUGGGCCCAGUUCCUCGCCGCCCUGCUAGUCAACACCCCGCCGCCCCGCAGCUCCGUCUACGACGUCUUCCACCGCGCCAUCGGCGUGCCGGGCGAGGCCGAAACACCAAGCAGCCGGCUCCGCGCGGGGUUGGCAAACACGUUCGACAAGCUCAAGCUGGUGAGCGGGCAUCCGGCGGUGUCGGUGACGGGCAUGGAUGUGCUGGUUACAGGGGCGACUUUGUUGGCGUGGGCGUUUGUGCGGAGGGUGGAUGUGGGGGAUGUAUUGGAGUGUAGUGUUUUGAGGUUCUUGAGUGGGAGAGGGGGCAGGAAGGGGAGGCAUGUUGCUUUCAAGGAGAAGGAGGAAGUCGUGGAGGGAGGGGAAGGGGAAGGGAGGGAAGGGUUGAAGAAGACAAAGGAGAAGGGUGGGGAGUUGGACGGGUCGGCGAAGACGUCGAUGUCGACGCCGCCGAGGAGGGGGAGGGGACGGCCGAGGAAGGGCACGGUUACCACGACGAGUCCGAAGGGAACUGAAGCUGCGCCGUCUGCCCUUGCGCAUAGUCUAACCACUGGAUCGGCACCGGCAUCGACAUCAUCAGCACCAUCACCAGGCUCAACGCCCCUCCGCCGCAGCACGCGCCGUCGCACCCGCACCCGCGCGAAUCCCACGGAUGCCCUCCAUCGUGCCGUCGAGUCCUCCCCUUCCUCUCACUCCUCCUCCGACGAAGCAGAAGGAGAAGACGGGGAUGGUACAUACGAACCCCCAGCGCGCCUGUCGUCGGCCCUCGAGCAGACGGAAUUUGAAGGUUCAUCCUCCAGGUCCGGGUUUGGCGGGGAGGAGGAAUUGAUCGAGGGAGGCGAGGCGACGGCUUUGGCGCUCGUGUUGGCGUUUCUGGGGGGGUUGGGGCAGGUGGGCGCGGGUGUGUUGGGGGCGGAGGUUAUCGGGGGUUGGUAGGCUGUGGAUAAAUGGAUGAAGGUUGAGUGAUGGGAUGGAUGACGGUUGGAGGUUGGAAGGGGUAGAUUGGAGAGGGGCGUGUUGGGGGUAGAAGAGGGAACGGAGAGUCGAUGAGGAUGACGAUGAUGGGAAGAGGUGAAAGAAAGGGGUGAGCGAGUGUGAUAUGCCUUUCUUUCCUUCUUUCCCUUUGCUCCUCUCUGCAAGGCGUCCACGGCCGCGUGGUAAAUGCAACAAAUGGCGUUCCGGAAGGGAAGGGGAAGGGAAAGGGGCAAGAGCAAGCCAGUGCGUUCGGGUGUUCGUUCUAUCAGUGAAUCCCCUCUUCUUCGCCGCUUCUAAUUAUGGGAGCAUGUAUAGUAAUUAGUAUGGGC